AUGUUGUUUAUUUGUAGCGACAGCCCGGGUCAUGUUGAUACAAGUUCACCUGCGUAUCAGUCUGUCCAUGGAUCUGGUGGUCCGGCAUACGCUAAUCCAACAGCCCAGUCUAGAUCUUUUAAAAUGUUACAAGAUAUGACUGAAGAAGAUGGCGGCGGCGGUGCUGGUAACUAUGGUACACCCCAAGGAUCUGCACAACCAGGAUUUCGCAGUGUGAGACCACCUAGCGGUGGAGCUGCAAUCGGUAACAAGCCUCCUCAAACCACACCAAUGUGUGAAGACUGUGAUCGUGGAAUUGUUGGACCUUUUGUCAGAGUCAAGGGCAAGAGUUACCAUCCUGAGUGCUUCACCUGCAAGGCUUGCCACUGCAACCUUAAAAAUCAAGGUUACUUUGAAGUUGGUGGAAAACUGUACUGUGAAAGGGAUGCUCGUGAACGUGUCCAGCCACCCGAAGGAGCUGACGUGGUUUCUAUGCCCGGCCGGUAAACCGUGCUGCUAUCAGACAGUAACCAUGACGACCAUCAGAGACAUUGCUGGUUACGUCACAUCAAACAAGUCUAGUCUCAUCUAAAAAAAAUUAGUAUUUCUAGCUAGUUAACUAAGGAGUCUUAUUUGCAUGUGUAAUCGUAAUACAGUAUUUAUACCUUGCUAACUAAGGAGUCUAGUUACUUGAAUGUGUAAACAUGGUUCAGUAUUAAUACCUAGCUAGCUAGGGAGUCUACUUGCAUGUGUAAACAUGAUUCAGAAGAUAUGGAAUGUUUCUGUCAAAUAACCCAAAUUACAUUAAAGAUUAUUUUUUCCCUAAUAGUUAAAAAUCAGUUAAAUUAUUUGUAAAACUUAUGAUAAUAAUUAGGAUUUGACAUUUUGAGGGAUUAAUUGUGAUCUUUGUCACUCAGGACUGAAAGAUAAGUUAGCACUUUUUAUUGAAACCCUUCUAUCAUUUAUGUAUGGUAGUACUGUACACAUUACAGUUGACAUGGCGAUUACCACCACAGAUCUUUUAAAAUCUCAUACAUGUAUUUUGUACAAGACUCAAUUAUUUCUGACAAAAUCUUGUUUUUUUUAAAUACAUUUUCAGUCAGUAUACUAAUCCUUUCAUGUCAUUGCACACCAUGCAAGUGUUUGUAAUUUGGUCAGAAAUAAAAUGUUUCAUUGCAUGAUUUGUUUGUCUCUGGGUGCGUAAAAUGAUGAUGUUAAACAUAAAUAUU